AUUUUUUUCAACAAAAUCCAAAGAAGCAUUUUAACAAUAAAAGAUGAUUAUUAACAGAGCAUCCAAAUUGUUUCAACCCAUUGUAGCUCUCCAAAAGAAUCAAAUUUUGAUAAAUAAUGAAUCAAUUUCCAAGAGCACACAGUUAAUGUUGAACAAUGGAAUAAUCAAACAAUCAAGUCCUGGUAUAUUUCACUUUUUACCAGUGGGUCUUAGAGUGUUAGACAAAUUGAUUAAACUAAUUGACACUGAAUUGAGAUAUGUUGAUGCUCAAAAAGUAAUGUUUCCAACUUUAACACAUGCCAAACUCUGGAAAGCAUCAGGAAGAUAUCAAGAUGUUGCAAGUGAAUUAUUCAAGUUGAAAGACCGCCACGAUACCGAAUACCUACUGAGUCCUACUCAUGAAGAAACAAGUGCUGACUUAAUCGCAUCCCUUGGCCUUGUUUCAUUUCGAAAGUAUCCAUUGAAACUUUAUCAAAUAACAUCAAAAUUUCGAGAUGAAAUGAAACCUAGAUUUGGCUUAAUGCGUGCACGACAGUUUAUAAUGAAGGAUUUAUAUUCGUUUGAUAUUGAUGUGGAGAGAUCCAAGAAGACUUAUGCACAAAUGUGUGAUUGUUAUGAUAAGAUUUUUGCCAAGUUGGCAAUUGAUUGGGUAAAAGUAUUAGGUUCUUCAGGUACAAUGGGUGGAGAUCUAUCACAUGAAUACCAUUUGCCUUCUGCAAUCGGUGAAGACAAACUCGUUCAAUGUGGCGAUUGUAAUUACUCCGCUAAUUUAGAGUAUAUUCACAAUAUAAUCAAAACUGAGGCAAAUAUUACGAGCUGCCCAAACUGUUCAAGUUCAAAUAUCAAAAUUACAAAUGGUAUUGAAGUGGGUCAUACAUUCUUACUGGGUGAGAAGUAUUCGAAGGCUUUGAAUAGCAAGUAUCUGGCUGAAGACGGUAAACCUAAGUUGCUACACAUGGGCAGUUAUGGUUUGGGAGUUUCUCGGAUUAUUGCCGCUGCGGUUGAAAUUCUUUCGGAGGAAACUGCGAUCAAAUGGCCCACGUUGCUGGCUCCUUAUAGGACUGUUAUUAUUGGACCAAAGAUUGGUAGUAAAGAAGAGGCAAAAUUGGCCGUAACACCUGAAAAUGUUUAUCAGCAUUUAAACGUUGUAAAUACUUUGAUGGAUGAUGUGCUGUAUGAUGACCGAUCGGAUAUGACUAUUGGUAAAAGACUUCUCGAAGCGAAGCGUACAGGUUAUCCAUUUGCAAUUGUUCUUGGCAGCAAGGCAACUCAGAAUCCACCACAAUUUGAAGUUAUUAAUUUGUACAAUCAGGAUCAACACUUUUUGAGUCUUGAUCAAUUAGUAGAUUUCUUCUCUAGUAGUAGUAAUUUUGAUGUUUGUAAAUUAUCAAGUUCUGCUAAGGUAUAAAAAGCAGAUGAAAAUUAAAAUGAAUUAGCCAGGUUUAUAAUACUAUGGA